GGAUAUAUAUUUGAUUGAUUUGGAGUUCAUCAAUUAAUGGAGAUGGAAUCGUGUGUCCCUCCUGGCUUUAGAUUCCAUCCAACGGAGGAAGAACUAGUGGGGUACUACCUUGAGAGGAAAAUGAAGUCUCUUAAAAUCGAUCUUGAUGUUAUUGUUGACAUUGAUCUUUACAAAAUGGAGCCAUGGGACAUCCAAGAUAGGUGCAAGCUAGGCUACGAUGAACAGAAUGAGUGGUACUUCUUUAGUCACAAAGACAGGAAGUACCCGACCGGAACCCGAACCAACAGAGCCACUGCUGCCGGGUUUUGGAAGGCAACCGGAAGGGACAAGGCAGUGCUUUCAAAGGACAUUAUUAUAGGGAUGAGAAAGACCCUGGUUUUCUACCAAGGCCGUGCACCAAAUGGAACCAAAACUGACUGGAUUAUGCAUGAAUACCGCCUCCAAACAUGCCCCAAUGGACCCCCUCAGGAAGAAGGAUGGGUUGUGUGCAGGGCAUUCAAGAAACCAAGUCCAAACCAAAGGCCAGGUUAUGAAGCUUGGAAUACUAGUAUUCCUUCAUACCAUAACAUCCACAAUAUUAGGCCUCAAUAUUCUUCAAAUCCAGAAGCUUCAACUACUUUUCAACAACAAGAACAACAAUUUGAUCUUCUUAGCAGCCAUAACCAUAACCAUAACCAGCUGCUCUUCCAGAUUCCCAGACUCGAUAGCCCGACGAGGACGACAAAUUUGGCAGCAAAAGAAGUUGGUUGUGAAGAAGAGAGAAGCAAUUUGAACACUAGCCAGUAUGGGAAUAUUGACUGGAAAAACUUGGAUGAAUUACUUGCAAAUGAUGAGCUAAACGAUGCCGUUUCACAGUCAAUCUCUCAUGAUUAUGAGUUGCCAGUGAACGAAGACCAAAUGAGUCAUAUGUUUGGGGGCUUUCAUGACUUGUUGUAGCAAAAUUAAGCUUGUCCAUUAAUUAUAAUUAAUUAAUUAGUGUGUAAGUUUAGUAUGAAUAAGAAAGAAAAAUCAGUUGUAUGUA